AUGGCAACCUCAGCAGAUCACGAAAAUGCAGACACCAGAGGUCAAGCUGGGGAAGAGGUCACACCCCAAAUGUCAGUCAGUGGAGGACUUUGGAAUGGGAGCAUCGGCAAACCAUUCCAUGAGUCUCUCACCUUGUCUGCUCUAAUCAGCAGCAAAUCUGGGACCCCACAGGGCACAAUCCUUGAGAGCGCCACCGACGACGACUGGGAGCACAUUCGCGGAGCAGUGUGGAACGACGAUCCUGAUUGUCAACUCUUUUCAGACAAUCGCGACUCAAACCAUUCAUACACAAUCGGCUUUGACUGGGCACUGAAGUUCAAGUCAGCAGAAAAGGAGUGGAACCCAAACAACCUUGGCUUUACUAGGAUGAAAAAUGUCACUGGUCGCUCACACUAUGGUGACCUUCAGUUUCUUCACUGUAUGGCAUCUGACAGAGAUGAAGAGCCUGAAGUCACAAAAACAAAGAUCAUGACCUGGAUGGAAGUUAUGUACAAGCUGGCAACCGGCGAAGAUGACAAGAUUACCCCCAGCACUGUGGUCUCCCAAUCACCUCUUGGCGUUUUGUUUCCUGAUGAUUCUCUCCCGCCGAAUUGGCUGUCUCUAUCCUAUCUAUUGUCCAAGGACUCGAAGUACAAGGGCCUUGACAUCGGGCGACGCGCACUCGGCAGUAUGUUUCAUGUUAUCCAAGACUCGUAUGCUAUUGGCCAUGCGAAGCGUGAACUGCUGAACGAAAAGGACAAGGUAUCAGACGACCCCCUCAAGUUCAAAGACGGGACAGCGGAUCGUUGGGGACCUAUUCAGAUCUUCCACACUUAUUACGGCCAAGACAGUGCUUCACAUAAGCAUUACGACCACUUCUUUGAUCGUAUUCCGGAUCCGGAACAUUUAGAUAAUCUAGAACAGUGGAAUAAUAUGAUUGGUUGUCGUGACGCCGUUGACAGGUGUAAGGCUCUCGCAGAAAAGAAGCUGGAGGGUAAGAAAUGGGAGGGCGAUGAUGGGGUGAGGCAGUUUCUCGAUACAGAAGUGUUUGCGCUGUCUGGUCAGAAAGGCCCAGCCAACAACAAGGUUCUAUAA